AUUAGUUGGAUUUAAGAAGGAAUGGGAGCAGAAGUUGAUCAUGUUUCCCCCAUGGGAAUGAGUGGGGGCUCAGCUGAAGGGAAUGACAAGAGUGAAGGGCUGCGCUUUUCCUGCAAAAACAAGCUGACAGCGCUUGUGGUGGAUAAUGGAGGAGUAUGCCGAGCCAUACAGACGGCACUCCUACGUUCCUAUGGUGUGGAAACAGAAGCUGUAGAGGCUGGGGAGGCUGCAGUGGAGCUCAUUGCCUCUGGAGCAACUUUCAAUCUCAUUAUCAUUGAGAUGCUUCUGCCUGUCCUGAAUGGCCCUGAGACUGUUAGGCAGAUUCGUGCCAUGGGUGCCCAAAGCAAGAUUUUGGGGAUCACUGCAUUUUUUGAUGAAAGGGACCAACAAGAAUUUCUUGCUGCUGGAGCGGGCGAGUUCAUUGAAAAGCCAUUGUCACCAGAAAUUGUGAUCCCAAUCGUAAGGGAGCUCGACAACUAGAUGUGAAAGCACACAUCAAAAUAGUUAGAGGACUUAUUGCAGUACUAAUCCCUAUCAUAUCAUAUCGUACUGUUAUCUUUUUCUAUGUUAUGUUCUUCAUUUGGACUGAUGUACUCAUUUGUCCUAGGCAUUUGAAGUUGACAUUUGUCUGCGUCCUUAUCCUUUAAAAUUUAAA